AUGUUCAUUUUCGGAGUCUUAACUAUCCCAGAGUUUAAUGCGACUCUCUCCUUGGUCUGUCACCAGCGAUACUCAAUCGGCCGACCCCCUGCCCACGGACCUACCGAGGAACUCAAGAAAUGUUUCGCCAACAAACACGCGCAAUCCGAUCUGUCUCGCUUUCUCAUCUAUGGCCAAGCGACAGCAGGUCUCCUAGGUGCCUUUGCAACCCCAAUCCUGAGCUCACUGUCAGAUCGCGUCGGUCGCAAGCCGAUCCUCGCCUGUACUAUAGUGGGACCGUUGCUAUAUGAGACACUCAUGGUAUUAGUUCUCCGCUAUCCAGAUUGGAUAGACAUGUACUGGCUGCUGGUAGGAUAUGCAAUUGAAGGUUUUAGCGGGACCACGAUUACGGCAACAGCGAUCUCGCAGACAUAUAUCACCGACCUCACACGCCACAGCGCCGGGGCGCGCUGGUUCAGUUAUCUACAGGCGGCGUUUUCAUUCGCGGGCGCGGGAGGGCCUAUCAUUGCCGGCUUACUACUAACGACGCCUAAUAGCAUCCAGCUGAUCUACCAGCUUGCUAUGGGUGCUCAUAUAUUCCUCUUGUUGUUUAUUCUUUUUGUCUUGCCUGAAUCGCGAAGCCCAGACUCAAUUAGUCGUCGCGACCGAGACGGAGAUAUCUCAGAAUCACCCCCCGAUGAAAGGAACAACCUCCGCGGAUGUCUGAUAUCGAUCAAGUCUAUUUGGGAAUCCCGAGUGUUCCGACAAAAGAAUAUGAUCAUUCUAGCCGUGAUAGAGAUGAUUAUAUUUGGGAAUAUAAUAGGCCUACCCACGCUACAAUUGGCAUACCCGGCAUUCUUAUUCGGAUGGGCACCGGCUACGCAAAGCUUCUUUUUCUCCAUGGCCUGUUCAUGGAGUGUUCUGGUUUUGACUACUAGCCCGGGUACGCCGAUGGAAGAGGGUAGAUAUGCCGAGUCGGUCGACUACCUCUAA